AGUCAUAAUGGUUUGCAAAAUUUUGUGAAGGAGGGUCAACAUGGCCUAAGCAAAAUCGAUUUUUUUUGUUUUGUUUUUGGAAAUCGCUUGUUGCAUCUUGCAACACAAUUGAAAGCUUGAAACCCUAGUUUCAGUCUGUACUUUCUCCAUUUACAAUUAUUUGAUUAUAAGGUUUAUUUUUGCAAUUCUGAAGCUGAUAACAACAUCGCCACAAUGGGAACCAUCAGUGAGCUAAAGAUGGAAGAGAUGCCGUUGCCAGCUCUCUUCGAACAGGCACGGAAAAUUCAUUAUGCCGCAUCUGAAUCGAUGGUGGAUCAGGAGACGGUGAAAAAGGGAUGCGAACUGUCAAGUAAAUGCGAGGAUAUGAUCAGCAAACUAGGUCUCUUCUCAUCAAAUGAGAAGAAAGAUGAUAUUAGCACUGGGAAUCUUAAAUAUCUUUUGGUGCCAUAUUAUCUUGGUGAAUUACUGGAGAAAAUAUCAGAGGGUGAUAGACUUCAAGUUCUUAAAGCUUCUCAGGCUAAGUUAAAGGAGUUUAUUGCUUUUUGUGAGGCAAUGGAGCUUCUUCCCGAAGAUGAAUUGGAGACAUCGAUUCCAGCUGGUCCAAAUGGUUUUGCAGAUCGUAGAGCAAAGAAGAUUGCACGUUUCAAACGUCAGAAGGAAGCAGAAUCAAAGUUGCUUGAACUGAAGGAGCGGAAUGAACGUCGUGGCCGUUCAACUAGAGCUUCUGCUUUAUCAACUCAUGUUGAUGUUGGUCAAGAAGAUGAACCAGAUGAAGAUGGGGAAGAAGGAAGAGAGGUUUGGCUUGCUACCAUCUCACUGUCUCUUUGUAAGGCUAUUGAUCUAUUAGAAAUGCUUAGGAAAGAGGAAGAAAUGCUCUCUGCUAUAAAGGAAAAAGAGCUUGAGGAAGGGCAAACACAGAUUUCACAGGCAAUUCUUGAUGAACGCACAAUAAAAGCUGAGGCCUGGCAUCGUGAUGCUGCUGCACGGUCUCAAUACACCAGGCCAGCAAAACCUAUCACGUGUGCCACUUUUGCCCAAGAUGUUAUAGAGGGGAGAGCAAAUGUGUCACAGAUGCAUGAGCAUAAACACCAGCCCUUAAUAUUUGGACCAGCUAGCCUGGUUGGCAGGAAUCCUACUACUGCUCGAGAAAGAAUGGCUGCACAAGUUUUCCAGCCUCACUAUAGAAUGCCAACAAUGAGCAUAGAAGAAGCUGGGUUAAAAGAGAUGGAGAUAAUGAACAAAUGGCAAGAAAAGAAUGUCAAGCUCAUGGAAGAAGCAAGUUCAUCAUGGUACAAGGAAAACCGGCCAUCAAAGCCAAGCGAAGAAGAAGAUGAUGAAGAAGAUGAAGAUGCUGCUGAAGAGAAAGCAAGGGCAUGGGAUGACUGGAAAGAUGACAACCCUCGUGGUGCCGGUAACAAAAAACUCACACCUUGUGGCUAAAAGACUCGCAGCCUUAUGUUUUUUUUUUAAAAAAAUCACUACUGCGUCUUCUUCUAGUGACACCAAAACCCCCCAGCCUUUCCAUGCAUUGCCCUUUUCAUGUCGGUUCAAUGGUCGAGUGUGGAGACUCAUUUUAUAUAAGUUAAUACUCUCUGUACGAAUUAGGCUUUUUGGGUGUAGGUGGGCUAGGAGAUGGUGUUUGUAUAGGAUUGUCAUCUCAGUAAAUUUUCUGCACACUUUCUACAGGACACCAUCACAAUAACUUGAUACGACAAUAACUUGAUACGAGUUCAGACUCCAUGGCCUAGAGCUGCCAUCCCGUCUGAUCAUGUGUUUGAGAUUUUCUCUUCUUUUGUCAUUUUCAAAUUUUGUGCAUGAAUUUAAUUUCCUACCCUUUGUUUCUUUGUCACGCCAAUUUUUGUACAGUCCUCGUAGGGCCAAUCAAGGGGUAAGGAAUCU